AUGGGCUUGUUAGGCUUCCUAUCCAGGAAGCCGGCUGCUCCUACAAUCGACGUUGCCGAUUCGCUAAGAGCACAACCAUACAAUGCCACAGUGGCGUCGCUGCCUCCCAUCCGCGGAACUGUCCCGGUAGCCGGCAAUGGCCCUAACAAUCUAGAGACUCUGCAACGUACGCGUCCCAGAGCAAAAGAUUUGCCAAACCCCCCGUCUUCUGCUUCUGUCGCAUCCUCUUCUCUACUGGACGACAAGGUCGACCGGCCGCGCACCGCGCCCUCUCAAGACAGGCAAACAUGGUCCUCUUCGCGGAGAACGAGUUCCAUGAAGACAAACCCGGUACCUGCGCUUCCGCUCGUCUUACCGCCACUGCCGCUGUCAUCAAAAUCACGGCCGCCGUAUCGAGUGCCCGACAAGCCAGAACCGAGUCCGAGCGCCAGCAGCUUCAAAUCCCGAGCGCCGUGGAAAUUGCUCGACAAGACGGACAAGUCACUUCCCGACCUGCCCGACCUUGACAAGCCUCUACCCCCGUUCGCUCGCAGAAGAUCUUCUUCGGUCAACAGCAGCCAGCUCGGUCUUGCCAACGGCCAUGUCGACCUGCUCGACGCACAAGCAGGGAUCAAUCCUGCAGACUUUCGCCAACGGGUGCAGGCAAACGGAGUGAGGGACUAUGGUGAGGAUGUGGCCGACAGGAAUUUGGUCGAGAGCACUCCAAACUUGCAUGCUCCGGGCUCUCGAGCUUCGUUUGCCGCGCCAAGUAUUGGUAGCCGGCCGACAUCUUUCAUACCAUCUGUUCACGAGGAGCCUGAGCCGGAAAGCGAAAAAGAUAUCAAAUUAUUGAAGCGCCACUCGCUCGGCUCAAGCUUGCGGACAAGGUCCAUGGUCUCUGAUGUCGCUGUAACCAGACACAGUUCAAAUCGAAAAUCAGUCCAUGCAGACUCGCGUCCGAGGAGUCGUGUCCGCAUCGACGAGGAUGGUGGAGGGUUGGUCGCUUCCAUCAAGGCAGAAUGGCGUAAAUCGCUGCCGUCUUACAUGGCCUCUACUGGAAAGAAACGUGAUGAUGAAUUGGAUACUUUCCCAGACUCAUUGAGAGUCAAGAGGGACGACGCGUUCGGCAGCAUCGAAUCCAGAGAGCGUUCUAGGUCGAGACCAUCACUGAUCCAGAGGCCUUCGACCAAGGAUGCACAAAGCAAAGAAAAGCCGGCAAGCGCAAAUGGUAUCAGCAGUCGAGAUCAUGCCAGCCGCAUUAAUAACGAACCCUCCACGGGCUCGGGUUCGGGCUCGACAAGCAAUGGACCAAGGGAUGCGGAAAGGAAAAAGUCCACCCAAUCAUCAGCAGCGGAGAUGGACCAGAAACCUUCAAAACGCCUAAGUCUUCAGAGCUUGCAGGCAUUCACUAAACGCCGCGACGAUCUGGAUGAUGAGGCGAUUCGCAUUCGUUCUCGCAGUGCGGCUGCCGAGCCACGGACUCACCGCCGCCGUGCAAGCACAACGGGCAGCCAAGACUUCCCAGCCGAGUUACACUUUUCAGCAUUUGCACCUGAGAAGCCCUUGCCCAAACAACAUGGAGCUGGCCGAGACCGACUACUCACUGUAAAGACAAAUACACGUGCCAACAGAAGCCCGGAGCUUUUGUCUAGCAAAGCACUGAUGCGCGUCGACUCGGAGGAUAUCCCGGAGAGAAGCAGUAGUAUUCGUCGGUGGUCCAUGGAGUCAACUUCGGCAACGAGUUUAAGCUCGAAUCCCUUCCGGCCCCAGUCGCGACAUACCGCCAAUACAUCUAUCGAUCUUUCACCUUUUGCCAAGGAUCUCAACUUUAGCCACGAUUCUCUGUCAACUCCCGCAGCACCGGACAGCCUCUAUCCUGUAAGCGGGCAACCACCAUCACCACCUCCACGUUCUGCACGAAGGCUGCAGCAACAAACUAAGAAACAACCAACCAACUUUAAUAUUUAUGACUAUGUUUCGGACGAUGACGAUGAGCACGCUCCUCGUCAGUCUCGAGGCGCGGGUGAGGAGCAUUUGCUUUUCCGGGAUGAUGGUUUUGCCAUGAGUGGCUUCGGUUUACCUGGUCUCAAUGGCGCCAUCGACACGGACGCUCCGCUUUACGUGCCCAACUCACCACCAAGAUUGAGCUACAAGCCUUCAAAACCAAAGACUAGAGUUUCCGAUGAUCUUCUCCUGCAGAAAUACAAGCUCAUGAUGGCCGAACAUAAACAAGCUACUCGACCCCGCCGUUCUCGUCACCAGGCUCCCGCUCGGUAUUAUGAAGACUCUGACUCAAGCGACGAUGUGGAUUGGCGGGCUGCCAGUGACGACAGCGAUGAUGAAUUGUCGUUUGAUAUCCCAAUGACUAGACGCUCGAAUCCGUCAUUUCCAUACCGCCCCACGAGGUAUACGAGUCGCGAACAAGUCAUUGUUGAAGAAGAACGGGAAAUACCUCAGGUGGAACUCCCAGCCGCCUUGAGGUCGCGCGCCGAGGAUAGGAGGCGAAAGCGUCUGAGUGGCAUGAGUGGAAUGAGCGGCGCAAGCGGCUCGACCAUUCGGCUCCGCAGCGACAGCGGUAAGGGCAAGGGCAAGGAGGUGGCCCGGUUACGAAGAUACGAUGUCGCAGGCUUCGACGCAGACCUUGAUUGA